GUUACGCUGCACGGUUAUUCAGUCCGCCCGCCAUUGUUGUUGUGGUGACUACAGCAGUGACAAGCAUAGGUUUCUCGCAGUAGCAUCAUGUCUUUGGGUCGCUACCUGAAUGUGAGUCGGAACCCCAUACAACAAGUUCGUUCCUUCCUGUCUGAGGCUGGGGAGGCGGAGGAGCUAGGAGUCAACAGUAGCAGUUUUCUUUUCAUCCAUGACGCGAAAGAAAAUGUUCUUCUCCCAGCACAUACCUAUCAAAUACCGCUGUCCCCAGCCCAGAUACAGUAUCUCAAAGACAAGUCAGCAACACGACGAAGCAUCAAACGAAAUCUGAAGGAUAAAGGUUAUAGCUGCGAUUUUGAUUUUGCCAAAUCUACAGUCACUAUCUCCAAACCAGUGGAGAAGACGGACCAAGAUGCUCUUCAGAUUAUCAAGGACAGUAUAUGUGAGGUGGACAUUCCGUCAGAUGAAAUCAAGGAUAUGGAGGAUUGCAUGGAGACGUCACCUGUAGAAGGUUCAAGAGAUGAAGACGUACAAGUACUGGCUGUCAAGUAUGACACGAUGGUGACGGUAGUCGGCCCUGCUGGUGCCAUACGUCAUUUAGAUCACUGUGUACAACGGUCAAAACAGAGGCAUGAAUCUACCGAACCAUUAGUGACUGCAAAUAUGAAAGAAGAAUGCGUUCAAAUGUCUGAAGACUGUCUCAAAUAUAUUUGCCAGUAUAAAUGGACACAGUUUGAUGCCCUCAAGGAACGUCUCACCGGAGUACAGUUGACAACACAGAGAAAUGAAAUAAGGGUUAGGGGACCUCAAAAGGAGAUUGAUGAAGUAGUGAAAAGCAUUAAAAGUGAAGUUGAGCGUGUCACAAGCUUCACCCUAACUAUCGGUCCUGACAUAAGUAUCACAGCUGUCGCAGGUGUCUCGAAACGCGUUGGUGAGAAGUAUAAAUGCAUCAUUUCUACCCAGGAACAUUUCGGUCACAUGCAAUCCAUUCCUUCACGAACGUUAGACUCACUCAGUCUAAGUAUAUCAGAACAAAAGACAAGGAAAGUAAUGGUUGUUAUGAAUGCUCUUGAAAAACAACAGGCUGAUGUCAUUGUAAACACCACAAACGGGGAGUUGGUCCUAGACAGAGGGCAGGGAGUGUCCCGGUGUAUUUCCCAGGCCGCUGGAAGCGCCAUCCAUGAUCAACUGAAGCGAGAUUAUCCAAAUGGCAUCAAACAUGGAGAGGUGGCAGAAUCCGGACCUGGCAAUAUCAAAACCUGUAAGACCAUUUAUCAUGGCGCACUUCCUUCAUUCCCAGAGAAAGGUAGUCCAAACUAUGAGAAGGAAGAAGAAGAAUGUUUUAAGUGGAUGGUGUCCUUGGUAUUCAACUGUCUCAUCAAGGCAUCAGAGAAACGGUACACCUCUAUUGCCUUCCCUGCCCUUGGAACUGGAGUCCUGAAGUACCCAGUCCAACACGUGGUCCAGCUGAUGUACAAAGCUAUCCGUCUCUUCAACGAGGACAAGGGAACUGGGUCUAUCAGUGAGAUCAUUAUCGUGAUCUACCCCGAAACAAAGCUCUCGGUGAAACAGCUGUUUCUAGCUCAUCGCCAUACAUACAAGCUGAAGACAAGGCAUCUCACGGGAAUACAGGAGUUUCACGAAGAGAUGAAAAAGGACCACAAGCGGAAGUGCGAGGUUCGAGUCCACGUGGGUAACACCCUUCUGCAGGUUGUAAACGGCGAGGUGCAUGAUGCCAAGGAAGUCACGGAGGUUCUCCUUGUUCUGUGGAAUGAUAAGGAGAUAGAGAAUCCGGCAGAGAAUCCAGGGCUUAUGAGCAUAUAUCCACAAAGAAUAGAAUGGCAAGGCGCCGCUUAUGUGUCUGAACUAAGCGAGACCAUGUGUGCUCUGGACAGUACAACCCUGGCUACGGGGACGCUGAUACACUCUUACUGCCCUGAGAACAAGCUAGAACUCGCGAGUCAAGCUAUUGCAGAAGGGAUAAGAAACGCUGGUGACAAACUACAGCGCAACACCAUCACCAUCCCCAUCGCUCCUUCAGGCACAAUGGCGAAAAAACCAAAUGCUGCUGCUCGGUUGGUGCACGCUGGAGUGACGAAAGCCAGCGGCUGUGUGCAUGUUGUCACAGUCAUCAUCCCUGAAAUCCACACAUUUUCACCAUUUGUCACCAAACUAGCAGAGUUGUGCAAGGGUGAGCUGCAAGUUCGUGCUAACAUCGACAGGUCGCCGGUUGCAGAGGACCUAUGGAAGGGGACGUACGCGGAGAAAGCGCACCUGUCCCAGGUUAGUCGUCUGUCCACAAGGGUUGUGACGAUUGCUGGAUGUCAAUAUAUCAUAACUUCGGACUCGGAAGACACGAACCGGAACGCUGCCGAGGAAUUUAAGAUGGAGCUUACCAAAGAGAUACCUCCUCACAGUUACAUCAAUUUCGAAUGAGAAGUCAUGUCGCAAUAACAAGCAGGAGAAAAGCGUACCAAGAUCUUGUAAACAUUAUGUUGGUUGGUUGGUUUGUUGUUUAACGCCGCACUCAGCAAUAUUCCAACUUUAUGACGGCGAUCUGUAAAUAAUCGAGUCUGGACCAGACAAUCCAGUGAUUAAUAUCAUGAGCAUCAACCCACGCAAUUGGGAUACGAUGACAUGCAUCAACCAAGUCAGCGAGCCUGACCACCCGAUCCCGUUAGUCGUCUUUUACGACAAGCAUAGUCACCUUUUACGACAGGCAAGGGUUGCUGAAGACCUAUUCAACCCCGGAAUCUUCACAGGUUUAAACAUUAUGUAACCACCUUAUGUAAUCACCAUAGUACAGAAAUGUAUUCAGAUUAUUUUACAUUAUCGUUUGUUCAUGUAUACGCUAGCCAGGUCUUCAUUAAUCUUUACUUAUGAAGAAUAUGCUACCAAUAUAAACUGAGGGGCAAAAGAAAGUAAACCGAGGAUUUUUUUAACUAUCAUAGUAUCAUUCCUAUUAUAUUACUAUUUGAUAGUUUUUGUGUGUUUGUUUAUUUGUUGUUUAAUACGCCGCACUCAGCAAUAUUCAAGCUAUAUGACGGCGGUCUGUAAAUGAUCGAGGCUGGACCAGACAAUCCAGUGAUUAAUAUCAUGCAAGACAUAUAUGCGAUUAUCCGUACAUUUGUUGUGACAAUGUUAUCGCACUAUAAGUGAUUUGUGUUUUACGCCACUUACAAUAUUUCAAUGUUAUAUCAGGGCGUUUAGGUAUGAACUAUCACCAAGAUGUCAUUGACAAUACAACAACCAUAGGAUUGCUAUCCACACAUUUAUCUUUUGUAUUUAGACUUUAGACUUUUUUUACUUUAACUGUCGUAAAAGAGUUUUGUCUUUGUGCCAUACAAUGUGUGAAACCCAUUUCCGGUGUCCUUCAUCCUGAUGUUGCAAGAAUAUUGGAAUUGAAAUUUUGUAGAAAUGUA